AAUACAGCAUCUGCAUAUGUCAUCCCAAGAAUGGUGCCUCGAAACCCUUGCGCGCUUGGAGACUGGUUGACGAACGAUCUGAGGGACUUCUCACACUUGUUCGAUCGGUCAAAAUUCAAAGCAAACAUGGCUAUUGUCUGUCCACAAAUGAAGAUAUACGACGAUAUCAAUGACCUAGAAGGCCAGGAUUGGGCCUUGACCAGUACCGAAUUGUCACCGAAAUCUCUCGAUUCGGAAGUCCACCAUGACUAUACUACAGCUCACGCCAGCCUCUGGCGUAGUUUAUUCGACAAUUUCUUGAUUAGCUCCAAUGUGGUGUUUUCUCCCGCCCAACCUGCGCUACUUGAAAUACACGAUGCAUUCCUCGAGUGGCCAAUACAGGCCGAUACCCCGGCAAUUGUCGCCACCUUUGGUCGAAUGUACCAGGCACCUUCUCCAAUUCGCCAAAUAGCAGUUAAAGUCUUGACUCAGCUUAAGACGCAACACUCACUCAACAUUUCGCUGUCAAGAGGUGCUAUCUUUUCUGAUAGUAGUGUGAGCUACUUUGCAUGCCACCUGCGCACAGAAGGCGACGCUAUGGGAAAUUUCGGCUCGUACGAUCUUCAAGCAGGAACAUAUCUUCAAAUCGCCUCUACUCGCGGCUACAAAAUCAUGUACGUCACGUCUGGCGAUAUCGGCGAGGUCGAAAGAAUUCGAGCACAAGCCUUAACAGACCAUGGCAUUACCGUGGUGACGAAGUACGAUCUGCUGAAAGGUGAAGACCGCGAGGCUCUACGGCAACUUAGUUGGGAUCAGCAAGCUAUGAUUGAUCUCGAGGUCUUAUUGCGAGCUGGGUAUUUCGCUGGUGUUGCGGCGAGUAGUUUCUCUUAUAAUGCGGCAGUGAAGCGACACACGAUUUUUAUGAGCAAAGAU